UUCAACUGAAAGUCAGGGCUGUUACCUCACCUGCUGACAUCACAGAGAUACUGACAUGAUCCAGAUAUUUCUCUUUGUUUCCAGUGCUCCUCAUCUGAAGGGAGAGUUUGAGUAUCGGAGAAAGAAAAGGGACUUCUCUCUCACUAUGGAGGUGACUCGAUAUCAGUUCUCUAGGUCAGCCAACAAUUCUGAGGAAAGGGUCCUCGCUCACUAUAGUGAAGUGGUAUUAUUUCUGGAAGGGGAACCAGACAUUCCAGAAGAACUUCAAGGUGCCAAGAAAGGGAUGUUGUACCUCACUCAAUACAAAAUAAUAUUCCAGCAUAAAGAUAAGGGAUCAACCAUCAUCCGUUUUCCACUGCAGCUGUUGGGAGAUUGCUUUCUGGAGGAAGAGCCCGACUCCAAACCUCAACACAUCAAAGGAACUCUGACUUCCACCCAGGGACUUCUUGCUUUCAAAUUCACUUUCCAGUAUGGAGCUUCCGAUUGCCUAAACAUGAUCAAAGAUCUAGUAGAUUCAGAUAUUUUGAAAGAGGCUACGAAUCUCCAAGAAUACCCCACUGCCUCCAUCUAUACCUAUGCUCACCCCGCUGCACCACAGACAACCCUGGUGGUGGCAAUGACAUUUGAAUUCCUGGGAGGGAGGAAACAGAGAGCACCUCCCUCCCUUUGUUCUCUCAACAUGUUACCACUCUGGCCCCCACCUUACCCUGGCCCUCCAGAGCUCCCCCCUCCCUAUUCUGAAGUGGAAGCAGACUCUCCAGGUAGAAGCAGAGAGGCAGGUUAA